UGCUGGUGUUUCCUACACUUCGUGCAAAUAGCUCUGUCUUGUUUGUAAAUAUUGAAAAAGAAAAGUCAAAAUAAAUACACUCUUCUAAUUUUAUCGAUACGACGUUUCAAUUUUGCGCACUGGUUUGUUUUCAAACCUUUCGCUGCUUAAUAGAUAGGCAGGACUAUGUUAGUAUGUCAACUCGCGAAAUUGGUUUAAUUUGUAAUAAACGAGGAACCGGGUGUUUAGGAACUUAGAUUUCCGCAAUGGCUGACUAUGAUUACGACUUUGAUCUAGAAGAUCUAUACGAUGAAGAAGCUUUGCCUGGGCAUCCCAAUGUCUGGUAUGAUGAUGAUGACCUUAAUCAAAUGGAUGAGUAUGCAAUCGAAAGAGGUUUUUGGGAGGAACUUGAUAUGUGUGUGCAACCCACAAUCCGAGAUGGUUUCUCACAAGUAUCAACAUUGCUAUUAUGGUCUUUCAUUUUUAGAUUAACCACUCAGUCAGUUGCUGUUCCUUUAAGCGUUGGUCAUGCCAUAUCAGCCUGCACAGGCUUGUACAUCAUGUUUGUGUUUUUCAAUUGGACCGUAACCCACAUUUUAGUAUUUCCCUUUACAAUGUACUUAGUACUUUGGACAUUGUCAAAAUUUUAUGGACAGCGGCGAGGGCCUGUGAUGAGUAUAAUAUCUAUCAUCUACCUCAUCAUAAGUGAACUCUUCUUUGUCCCUGGAAGAGAAUGGCAUAAAAUCCGUGGUGCACAAAUGAUAGUAGCAAUGAAAGUAAUUUCACUUUCUUUCGAUUCUGACAUUGGCACCAUCCAGAAUGUGCCACCGCCUCUUGACUAUGCAGGAUAUGUGUUUAAUAUUGGUACAUGUGUCUUUGGGCCGUGGGUGCCAUACAAGGAUUACGUGGCAACCUUUAAUAGGCCACUCUGGAAUUUUCGUUGGUGCCUAAGGAUAUGUUUAAACCUUCUUAUAGCUUUUUUCUUCCUGAGUAUUUCAACUUGUUGGAGUCACUGGUUUAUCCCUGAUGAUGCUUGGAGGUGGUGGGUGGCAUAUAGAGAUGCUCUUUCAUUCCGUUCUAGCCAUUACUUCAUAUCCUUUUUAUCGGAAGCAACUGCCUUGCUUACUGGAUUUGGACGUACUGAAGAUGAUGAUUGGAAUGUGCCUGUCACUAAACCACAUUUGAUUGAGAUUCCUCGUUCUCUGGUACAAGUUGUGGUAUAUUGGAACAUGCCAAUGCAUAAUUGGCUCAAAACAUAUGUGUUUCGGACCACAAUACCUUAUGGAAGCUUCACUGCUGUACUUUCAACUUAUGCUGCAAGUUCCCUUCUGCAUGGGCUAAAUUUUCAACUGAGCUCAGUUUUAUUGUCACUUGGAAUUUAUACUUAUGUUGAAUAUAUGCUGAGGCAAAAACUAGCAAGUAUAUUCAAAGCAUGUAUCCUGGUACGACCUUGUCGUAAAGAGUGCCCUCAUCAAAAUCGUGAAUCUCGUGUUGUUGUAGUCAUUACUAAUGUAUUCUUGGGCUUACUUGUGAUGUUCCAUUUAACUUACCUGGGUGUUAUGUUUGACUCGUCUUCCAAAGAGCAAGAAGUGGGAUAUUCAUACACUCACACUCUUGCUAAAUGGUCAAGUCUUAAUUAUGCUUCCCAUUGGAUUAUAUUAGGAACAUAUGUAUUUAACUUUCUCAUCUGAGUACCUGUCAAUUUCUUAGUUGCCUUAUUAUUUAGUCAAAUUUUAUAAUUCCUUUUUGUUUGCCUUUUUAUUUUUGUGCAACAAGUUUUAGACAUUAUUGUUUUUUUUUCUAUUGAAAACCUUCCUGAAAUGUAUUUUGUUUGCUCCAAUUCCUUAUCUGCCUGUCUUGCUCCCCAGCUAAAAACAUAUGUGCUGUGCUUGCAUAAGUGCAUGCGUAACAUGUUUCUUACUAUUCCCACCUGUUCCAUUACUUUUAUCUUUGUUAUGUUUAGAGUAUUCAUUAGUAAGGUGCACCUAUUGUGAUCUCUAAUUUUCCAAUUGAUGUUAACUUGUAUUAAGACAUAUCUGUGAUAAGCCUUGAACACUUUUUUGGGGAUUCCAAGGAUUCAAUAGUGACUCAAUUUUAUUGUAUGAUUUGGAAGUGUUUCAUGUUUUGGCGUUUAAAGUAUUAUCUUUGAAUCAAUUAUUUUUUAUGUUUUUAGGAAAGGUAUGCAAUCAGUAUUACAUUAAGAAGAUAUUUUACUCACCUGUACGUUUUAAAAAAGAGAUGUAAUGGCAUAAGGUUUACUGCAAUUGUUUUUUUAGCAUUUUACGUUUUAAAUAACUUUGCAAUUGGUUUCAUUGUUACUAUUUUCUAUCAUUUGAGUAUCUCUCAAGGUGCCCCCCCAGUGAACAUAAACAGGCACAACCCGAACAGUCCCUCACCCAGGCCCCUGCACUGGUGUGAUCAUGUCAGGCCACAACCCUGCGCUUUGCAGGCGUUAUCAUUCCCAGUCCAGCUCUGUGAAGGCAGGCUGCAAUCACUGAUGAAAAAAGUAAUUCUAUUAGAGGUGGACACAGGUUGGAGAGGGAGGGGGCUCAAACUGGAGCUCUUAUUCUUGUGGGGGUACCUUAAAGGAAUACUAAAGCAUUCAAACAAUUUCUUUGUCUAUCAUUUCUUCUGUGUGAAAUCAAAUUUAGGAUAUAAAGCAUGUAGCAAAUAAUUGUUGAGUCUUGUUUUAUUCAUAAUUUGAGCAAAAACAUUUAAUUGGAUACUAUAUGUUGCAUGCAUUCUCGCUCUACAGUCAUGUCAAAUCAUUGUGCUUGCCAGUGAAUUGAAUAUAAUUCUGACAAAAAUUA